CGCCCAUCUGGCUGUUUCGAUCUCAAAUUCCUUUCGAGCUUUACUCUUUGUUACCACAAAAUUACAAACAUUGUGGUGCGUAUUGGUCCGAAGACUGGUCCGACCAAUCAAGCACUAAUGCUUAACUGUCACUACGAUACAAUGCCGGACACACCUGGUGCCACUGACGAUGCUGUAUGUGAUGUUUAA